AUGAAGACUCGUGAUGUGGUUUUAAUAUCUCUUCUAAGCGUGGGAGCGGCAGCAGCAGUAUUUGCUGUAGCUGCUUACUUGUAUAUUCGUCGGAGACGACGAAAGAGGGAAGACGACGAAGAUGGUACCAGCUGUGCUAUCAGGAGAGGCCUAUGUCCAGCAGUGGACGAAAGCAGGCUGAAUAUGAUUAUGAUGAUGAAACGUCCCACUACUGGGCAUGGACUUCCUCAUUGUUUGAAAUCAGACCAUAUUUCUUCU